AUGUCAGACAUUGGGGUUAGAACCGUUGGUGGACACAAGGAAGUGGGAGCGAGUAUGGUGGCAGCCACAGAAACUAUUCUUUCGCAAAGUUCGUCCGGGACUUCAAUCGACGGUGUGAAUGGAAGAAUUUGCUCUCCUGUGGAUGGAGGAGAAUCUGGAGGCUAUAAGUUCCGGCGAGUGGCCUCGAAGAUGGUGGUUUCAUUUAGCUCCCAGGACCCGGAGAAUCCUGUCAAUUGGUCAAUGAGAAAGAAACUGUUUGUUCUGACAUCUGGAGUCUUGGGGGUCCUUAACAGUACCCUGGGGAGCUCUCUCCCCAGUGGUGCAGUGCUCUAUAUCGCACGGGACUUCGGGAUCGAAGGUAGUGAGCAACUGGCCCUGCCCAUCUCUAUGUUCCUCAUUGGUUACGUUGUUGGUCCUAUCAUAUGUGGCUCGUUAUCUGAAGCUUAUGGACGAAAGCCGAUUAUUGUCGGUGGAUUCAUGGGCUUCAUGGCAUUCACACUUGCGUGCGCCGUGUGCCAGAAUUGGGCUUCACUUUUGGUGUUGAGGCUCCUUGUCGGGGUGGUGGCAUCCGCCCCAGUGGCCGUGGUUGGCGGCUUGUUUGCCGAUAUACACGAUGACCCGAGGGAGCGCGGGCGAGUAAUGGCAUAUUUCAUGGCUGCGACGACGAUUGGACCUGUUGCCGCUCCGUUUAUCAGCGGAUAUGUCGCCGUGGUUAGUUGGAGGUGGGCUUUCUGGGUAGGGCUAAUAUUCGCGGGGAUCACUCUUCCGUUCGUGGUAUUCAUGCCUGAAACAUAUGCUCCGAUAUUACUUCAAAGGAGAGCGAAGAAAUUGCGUCAAGAGACUGGAAACAAUAACAUCGUUGCCCCAAUUGACCUCGAAAAGCGAGACCUGAAAGCCACGCUAACGGUAACCUUAACACGCCCGAUACGGAUGCUAGUCUACGAAUCCAUUGUUCUAUUUAGUUGUUUGUAUCUUGCGAUGGUAUAUGCUAUUUUUUUCCUUUUCUUCCAGGCAUAUCCGGUAAUAUUUCAAGGAAUUUAUCACAUGUCCCCUGGUGAAUCUGGAUUGACGUAUCUGAUGAUUGGUGGAGGCGCUUUUAUUUCUCUGGGUAUCUUUCUGUGGUGGGAUAGUAUUCUUUAUAAAGCAAAGGCCCGAGGUGCGAGCUGGGCCGCAGUCGAAGAAUAUAGACGUCUUCCGCUAGCAUGCCUAGGCGGACCAUUAUAUGUCAUCGCCCUAUUUUGGCUCGGCUGGACAGCAAAGCCGGAGAUUCACUGGGUUAUUCCGGCACUGUCCGGCAUCCCUUUUGGCAUGGGCUUUCUGCUGAUCUUCAUGGCGAUUCUGAAUUAUAUCUCUGACGCGUACGAAACCUUUUCUGCUAGUGCACAGUCUGCAGCGAGCUGUACCCGGAGCAUAUUUGGCGCCGCUCUUCCUAUCGCAGCCGUCCCGAUGUUCAACAAGCUGGGCCCCAACUGGUCAUGUAGCCUGUUGGCGUUCUGUAGCCUGGUGAUGUCGGUGAUUCCGUUUACGUAUAUCAAAUAUGGGACGCGGAUUCGAGCGAAUAGCAAGUUUUGUCAGCAUCUGAAGGAGUUAAAGGAGCAGCGGAGAAGAGAAGAGGAGGAUGAAGCAAGACGUGACAGGGCCAAAAAUGACGAGAAAGCUUUGUCGUUGGAUGCGGUGGAGAAGGUACCAUAGUUCUCUGUGUGGGACCCUCUAGCCAUCGGUUAGUCAGGCCGUUUGUUUUGGUCGCGCUAUGGAAUGUCCGAAUGAAUGAGGGGUACACAGAGGCCGGUUCAUGAAGAUAGAAUCGUGGGGUUGUUAUGCAUUGAUUUCGGCGCAAUCUCUUGCAUUUGUUAAGGCAUUAAAGCAUAGCAUGUUCCGGAAAAAUAUAUAUAAUCAGUAUUUCGAUGCGAUGAAUACACGUCUCCUUCAUGUACGCACUUCAGUACCUUGGAUGUACAGUACGGACGGCCGAAUCAAGACAACCUGGCAGCUGUAUCAGGUCGACCCAAUAACACAUAUCAGCUUUCCCUUUGUUUCAUUCCGCUCCAUCAUCUGAUGCGCAAGCCCGACAUCGGCCCAGCCAAACACUUUCUCCGUAUGAUGUUUGUAUGUCCCAUCGAUGAGGCCUGGCAUGACCUUUUCCACAAACAAAUCUCUCAAUCGAACCUGAUAUUCUAAAUCUCUUGAUCGAAGGGUGCUUCCUUCAACCCUAGCCCUCUUCCUCAAGAGCGGGGCGAUGUUAACUUUGUCUGGCAGAAUCACACCGCCCAUAAGUCCGAGUAUGACGACUCGACCAUCUUGACCCAAGACGUCAAGAUUUGAUUGAAAAUACGUGGCUCCGACAAAGUCUAUCACAAGAUCGAUACCGUUACCGUCGUUUUGUUUCUUGAUCUCUUCAACCCAGUUGGGAUUGUUGGUGUUCACUGCACCGGUGCAGUGUAGAUUUUCAAUGCAGAAAGUGCAUUUGGCAUCCGUCCGGGAUGUAGCGAACACUUUUGGUGCCGAUGGCAGAUUCUGAGCCGUAGUCGUGUUGUCCAAGCUAUGGUUAGCGUUUGUGGAGAGCUGGAUGCCCGCGAUAGAAACAGAGGAGGCGCCCGCGUGCCAUAAGAUGGAGCGCGUCCGCUGAGAAUCGUAACCACCGACGAGAUAGAGCGCUUGAAGGGCCGUGAACCAAACUUCACACAACCCCGCAGCGUAUUCCCAACUCCAAUCUUUUGGUUUCUUAAUCAGCAUCUUUUUAUCAACGACCACAUACUCCGCAUAUCCACCGCCGUACAGUAGGCCAAACACCUCGUCUCCCGCGUUCCACACUGGAGCAUCCUCUCCUUGCCCAGCGCCGACUUCUUCCACAACACCACUGACCUCCAAACCUAGGAUAUUAGUAAUACCAGGCAGGGGCGGAUAAUUGCCUUGUCGUUGAAGCGUAUCGGCUCUGUUUAGG